GACACCUCUUUGUCUCAUCUUAGCUCACAGUAUCACAGUAUUUAAAGAGCAACUGAGCAGUAAAAGACUUGCGUUUAAGAGGAACCUGUCACAAUGAGUGCAAAGACUAAAAAAUCAGUGGGAGUCAUUGGAGCGCCCUUCUCAAAGGGACAGCCAAGGGGUGGUGUAGAACACGGACCGCGACACUUAAAAGCAGCUGGAUUAAUUGAGAAACUAGAAAAUCUAGAUUUCGAUGUUAAAGAUUAUGGUGAUCUGCAGUUCUCAGAUGUUCCAAACGAUGACCCAUAUCAAAAUGUUAAAAACCCUCGCACUGUUGGGCAAGCCACAGAAAAACUUGCGAAUGCAGUAGCAGAAGUAAAGAAGAGUGGCAGGGUAUGUCUAGUCCUCGGUGGAGAUCACAGCUUGGCAGUUGGAACAAUUGCAGGUCACGCAAAGAUUCACCCUGAUCUUUGUGUAGUUUGGGUAGAUGCCCAUGCAGAUAUCAACACUCCACUUACAUCACCCAGUGGCAACCUACAUGGACAACCGGUCUCUUUCCUGAUAAAGGAACUUGGCAACCAGAUGCCAGAUGUUCCAGGAUUCUCUUGGGUGAAGCCAUGUCUAUCUGCAAAGGACAUAGUAUAUAUUGGACUGAGAGAUGUAGACCCCGGUGAACAUUAUAUAUUGAAGAAUCUUGGAAUAAAAUACUACUCAAUGAGCGAGGUGGAUAAACUUACAAUUGGCAAAGUGAUGGAAGAAACGAUUCAAUAUUUAGUUGGAAAGGAGAAGAGACCCAUCCAUUUAAGCUUUGACAUUGACGGUCUAGACCCAUGUGUGGCACCAGCCACUGGAACACCUGUCACUGGUGGGUUAACUUACAGAGAAGGCAUGUGCAUCACAGAAGAAUUGUACAAAACAGGAUUGCUGUCAGCUGUGGAUAUGAUGGAAGUUAACCCAGCUCGUGCAAACACAGAGAGUGAUGUUCAGUUAACAGUUGAUACUGCAAUCAACAUGGUCUUGUCCAGUUUUGGAAAUGCACGGGAAGGAGUUUUUUCAUCAAGGAGGUGUCCUCAAAUUUCUACAACACAACAGAUCUAAUACUUCUUAAUCUUUUUUGUCUUAAUGAACUUGGAAAAUGGCAGAGUAAAAUAUUUUCACAUAUAGAUUCACCUUUCAUAUUAUUGAAAAUACCAUGAUUUCUUAUAAAGAUUUUAUUACUUACCAAAUUAUCACUUCUAAGUUUAAAUAAGUGAUGCAAUAUAUUGUAAGAAAAUCCUACGGUAUGGUUCAUAUUAUAUAAAAAGUUAUUACAAUAAAGAUAUUACUCACAGCCAACAAUUAGCCUGCACCAAA